AACCAAACAUCUUUAAACAACGAAACAAUUGCAUAGUGCUUUUCGCGGGUGUUGCAUAUCAAAUCCGUUCUAAAAAUUUAAUCUUUCAGAUAUGACAAAUGGUUGUCUAUGAGCACGGGCGUGGAAAGUGGCAUGUUGGCACUUAUAUGAAAAUAUAUGUGCAAGGACAUACCUUAGAAUGGAGGCCAAGAUAGUGUUUCCAGAGGGCAACUCUAUCUGGAAAAGAACACUGAACGUUUCCUCAAGUAGCGAUCCCAGCAGCUACAGCGGUUUCAGACCGUUUAUGUUAGGUUUCGAGCUCAUAUACGACAAUCUUCCGGCGCUUCAACGGGUCCUCGCUGAUUCGAAUAUCUUCAUGGUGAAGUCCAUCCAAAGUAAAGCUGGAGUCGUUGUUCUUAAGCUUUCACAUGUAAACGUUUAAAUGAUUAAAAAACAAGUCACUUUUGAACUUUAUCCUUAAAAAAUUGUAUUUAUCCCUCGAAAAGGAUGGAUAUCUAAGAGAAAUUCGAAAGCUUUGCAUGAAGAUCGAUGUUUUGAUGAUCGCGGAUGAUAUGAGGUGCAGACCGGCCUGGCGAAAGGAAAGGUGAAUCGCGGUGGAUUACGAAAACGUAAUGCCAGAUAUUUUCAUUCUCGAUAGAGUCCUAUCCGGAGGAUUCUAUUUCGUUUUGGGUAUAUUAGCAAACAAUCCUGUUAUACUCACGAUCAAACCUGACGAGCAGGAGUCUAUGGUGGCAAUCCUCUGAAAUGCAAAAUUGCCCUCGAAGCACUUCGCGUCCUACGGGGGAAAAAAACUUGCCAAAAAUGCGGAAAGACUCGGUCACAUAUUGAGAGACGAGCUCAGCAAGCUGCCAAAGGAGCUAGUCACUUUGAUGAAGGGUGAAAGAAAAGGACCUCUUGAAUGUCAUAAAUGAAAAGAUCGACAUUGUGGAUAUUUACUGGAAACUCGAGCAACGCGGCCUCUUACCAAAACCGACGCGUAAAUUCACAAUAUUCGUUUGGUUCACUAACCAUCGUUAGUUAUAACGAAGGAACAGAUAUACGAAUGCAUGGAUAUCAUUAUUUCUAAGACUAUUCUCACAUAUAACUAAGACUUUUAUU